GCAGUCUCUACCUCUUUGGGAGGACAGUGACGCCUCUCCUGCCCCCACCAGUCAGGCACUGACUGAAAUCCGACUUGUGGACAGAGGGCUUGGCUGUGCAGAGCCCUUUCUGCUCACUGUGAGGGAAGGAAGAGGUUCUUCACUUUGUCAUCCUUUCUCUUGAGUGCCAGCACAGCAGAGGAUGCCCAGCAGCCCCCCAUCUCUUUACUGAUUCGCAAAAGAGAAGAAGGCAGCAGCAGCAAUUCUGAAGGGGGCUGCUUCUGGACUGCUCUGAGCUUCACUGGAGGUGAAGAAUACCAGAUAAGUGGUAUUAUUUAACAAGGUAACAGAAUGGAGAACAAACAGCAAAGCAACGGCGUGAUGAAAGAAAAUAAUACAGUAAAGAAAAAAGUGAAUUGGUCUGGGAGUCUUAUUUUAGCCUCCUUAAUUGGUGCUUUUGGGUCAUCUUUUCUCUAUGGUUACAAUCUGUCCGUGGUGAACGCUCCCUCAGUGUACAUCAAGAAGUUUUACAAUGAAACCUGGGAGAGGAGAUACGGCUUCUCAGUGGAUGAAGGCACCCUGAAGCUCCUCUGGUCCAUAACCGUUUCUAUUUUCGCCAUCGGUGGCCUUGUGGGUGCCAUUAUUGUUACCCCAAUUGUGAAGUUCUUUGGAAGGAAAUGCACGUUGGUGCUCAAUAAUGUGUUUGCAGUGGCAGCUGCAUUGUUGAUGUCCCUGUCCUUGCUGGCAGGGUCGUUUGAAAUGCUCAUCCUGGGCCGCAUCAUCAUGGGUGUGGAUGCAGGCAUUUCCUUAAGUGCCCUCCCCAUGUAUUUGAGUGAAAUAGCUCCUAAGGAAAUCCGUGGUUCAUUGGGUCAGGUCACAGCGAUUUUCAUUUGUAUUGGUGUUUUCACUGGUCAAGUUUUGGGGCUGCCAGAAAUAUUUGGGCAAGAAUCUCGGUGGCCUUUCUUGUUUGGAGUAAUCAUUGUUCCAUCAUUGAUACAAGCUGUGAUUCUGCCUUUUCUUCCCGAAAGUCCUCGGUACCUCCUACUCGAAAAGCAUAACAGGAGCAAGGCAGAAAAAGCAUUCCAGAGAUUCCUUGGGAAAGAUGACGUGUCUCGGGAAAUAGAAGAGGUCUUGGCAGAGUCUCGGGUCCAGAGGAACACCAAGCUGGUGUCGAUCGUCCAGCUGCUGCGAACACGCGCCGUGCGCUGGCAGAUCGUCACCGUGGUCGUCACCAUGGGCUGCUACCAGCUCUGUGGGCUGAACGCUAUCUGGUUCUACACAAACAACAUCUUUAGUGAAUCUGGGAUCCGUCAUGAAAUAAUCCCUUAUGUUACACUAAGUACUGGUGCUGUUGAGACUCUGGCUGCUGUUUUUUCUGGCUUAGUUAUUGAGCGGCUUGGACGCAGGCCCCUCCUCAUGGGAGGUUUUGGGCUGUUGACCAUCUUCUUUGCAGUUCUCACUGUCUCCCUGACUUUACAGAACACUGUGCAUUGGCUUCCUUACCUCAGUAUAUUUUGUAUCCUUGCAAUCAUCGCAUCUUUCUGCAUUGGACCAGGUGGGAUUCCCUUUGUCCUCACUGGAGAGUUUUUCCAGCAGUCACAGAGGCCAGCUGCAUUCAUGAUAGCUGGGACAGUCAACUGGCUCUCCAACUUCGCAGUGGGACUGCUCUUCCCGUACAUCCAGAGUGGUUUACAGACCUACUGUUUCCUGGUGUUUGCUGGCAUCUGCUUUGCAGGAGCGGCCUACCUGUUUUUUGUCCUGCCUGAAACAAAAAAUAAGACAUUUAAUGAGAUCAGCCAAGCAUUUGCCAAAAGGAAUAAAGUAACUUUAGAAAUGCAAGAGAUGAACCACUACCCAGGGGAGAGGAAAUCCAGCGAAUUACAAGAAUCAAACUUCACAUCUCCAGUGGACAACGGGGAAACCAAAAAAGGGAUUGUGUAAACCCGGUAUGCUCUUUCAAGGGAUGGGAGAAGGCGUGCUCUUUUCAUUUAUAGCAAUGCACAACUUGUAUAUUUUAUGACAUCAUGAACUGCUUCCCCCUUGAAAAUGUCCCAAGUGAGUAUGGGUGAACUCAUUAGCAGCUGGGGUAAUGGUUGAGACAAUGGGGAGGACGAGGAGUGGCAACUGCUAAAAUAAAUGAGAUGGAGUUUCCUUGGCACCUGUGAAGCAAGUGCUGUGCUGAGUGGGAUGGGGAAUACAGACUUGGAGAUGUGAAGUGGCAGUGGGGAGCCAGGGUUUUGAGGAGCAGCUGGCUGAGCGCCCCUCUGCCUGCUCUCUGCAAGUGGAGGAGGUGGCAGGGACAAGGGAAGAGAUCCCAGUGGAGUCUGCUGAGAAGCAAACCUGAAAUGGUACCAGAAUGGAUUUCUCCACAUUUCCCAAGAUGUCAUUCAAGCUGCCCAUGAGAACUGACGUGACACUUCCCUGUACUCCCAUUCUUUUUCUCAAUAUUUUGACUUUCAGUUGCAUUGUCUGAACAUCUCCCAUGUUCCCACAAAUGGGCAGCUCUGGGUUCUGAUGAGUUUCCUUGUCUCACUUGUAAAUCCUGAUUCACUAGUAAUAGUGUUGUCUAUAGUUUCUGUGUUUGCCAGCACAGCACUUCUCUGAAGAUGUAUAUUUACAUAAUUUUAUUUUUUAGGAAUAAAACUUAGAAGCUUUAAUAGGAAAAAACACUAAACCCCAUGGUGAAGUGAAAGAACUCUGAUGGUAUGUGUAGGGCAUAGUGUUGAAACAAAAAUUCAAACAUGAAGUGUUCCAAGGGUUGGGGUGUUUUUAAUUGGUUUGCUUGUUUAUUGUUUUUCUUUUCAAAUUCCUUUUAAAACAAGCCUUUGGAGCCCAAAUUUCCCUGAGACCUGGUAACUUAGUUCUUAACACUCAGAUCUCUGCAUAGGCAUUUGGACACCUAUUUCUUGCUUAAACACUGAUUUGUAUUUGGGCAUUAGAUUCUGAAGCACCAGGCCUAGUUCACAUUAAUAAGUUUCUAAGUUGUCUAAAGCUUUGUAAAACUGUUUGAUCUCAUGAGAGAAAGACUCAGCAGGCUCUCGGUGGUUUGGAGAACAAUUUAUGGGAUUUUUUUCUGAAUGAACACCAUCUUUACAGUUUUUAAUUUUGAUAACAGUUUUUCUUGAUCCCUCUAGGCACCUGGAUGUUGAGGGGUAAUAAGAAAUUUAAAACUAAAUUAUAUGAAAAGUCAAUAAGUCUUUGAGCUGCUCUCAGUUAGGAGGAAGACACAAGAAAAAAGUGCAGCAUGUAGGUAGAGUGAAAUGCUUCCACAAGUUAUAUUUACUAAUUUAGAAAUUAAUGCAUUUGGAGCAUUACUGUGAGAAAAUUUGCAUAUAUAUAUAUUCAUAAAUGUAUGCAUAUAUGAAUAUAUAUAUCUUCCAAGUAUAAAUGUAUAUUAAUAUUCAAUGGCUUAAUAUUAGUGGCUUUGAGGUGAAAGAGGGUAGAUAGAGACUGGAUAUUAGGAAGAAAUUAUUUGCUGUGAAGGUGAUGAGACACUGGAAGAGGUUGCCCAGAGAAGCUGGGGCUGCCCCAUCCCUGGAAUUUUUCAAGUCCAGAUUGGAUGGGGCUUUGAGCAACCUGGCCUAGUGGAAGGUGUCCUUGCCCAUGGUGGGGGAAUGGAACAAGAUGAUCUUCAAGGUGCCUUCCAACCCAGGCUAUUCUAUGAUUCUGUGAUUUAUAGUCAUAUAUAUGCACACACAAUGGGUAAUUUUUUUCUGGUAUCUGGGGGGGAGUUGUUUCUAUAUCUCUAAGUGAUAAGCUGUUUUUUGUUUUGUUCUACACUGUAAAUUACACUGUAAAUUAAAAUCAGACAUCUUAAUGUUCAGCUGUUACUACUAAUUUAUGUAUAUAGUUUUAUACUGUGAUUUCUUUGUAUGUAAUGUAUUUACCACAGACAUUGUAAGCUGACCUAAUAGGGUAAUUUCAUUACUAGGUAAUUGACAGAAAAUUGAUGGGUGCUUUUAUGCCAGACUUUAUGCGGUUUUUUUACUGGGAUAGAGGUACAGCAGUAUGAAAAUGAAAUAUAUAUGAGAAAGAGAAUUAAGAAUGAAAAAAAUGUAUGGGUUUGGUGCUACUAUUAAGAAAGAGAGCAAAGCAGGAUUAUACCAACUGACAGUCAUAAAUGGAAGCUAACCAAAUACUAUGGAGAAAACUGAAGAAAAAUAUUCUUUUAAUAACCACUUGUAAAGUUACAUAUACAGUAAAUGAAAAUAUUACCUUUCAGUGCCUUUAGUUCCCUGUUCCAAGGUUUACAUGAGGCUUGCUAAGUGAAUGGUUAUGUAAAUAUUGAGUGUGAAUGCCAGCCCUCCAGAAAAUUUUAUGAAAAAUUUAUUCCUUUUUUUGCCUGCAGGGUAAGACUGGCAAAUUCAGACCUUCUCCUUCAGACUGGGAAUCAGCUUACUUUGUAGUUAAGGCUACUAACAUGGUAUGAUGAGAUCUGCUUUGAGCCAAGCGGGCAAGAUUGGAAACCAAUAUUGUUAGAAUGAGAAGAAUUUAAUACUUAGUGCUGUUCAUUAAUGUACAUUAUAGACACUGUUGAAAAUGUUACCAUUAGAUAACUUUAAUUAAAUAUCAUGCUGGCAGCAGUUGUAUCAGAAAUCAGGACUUCUGCAACAAAAUCAAAUCAUCUUCUACUUGCCUACAGUUGCAUUUGGAGCCCAGCUCUGAAUGCACAGGUAGAGAUGUCUUAGUAAAAUUUCCUAUCACAGCUCGGGGGCCUUGUACAGCAUUAACAAGAAGGGGUCAUGUUUUAAUUUCUGUAAUCCCAUUUGCCCUCCUCUUGUCCUAGAUGGGCACACACUUUCUGUGUGGCAGCAAGAGCUGCUACAGACUGGGUACGGUGUGGGACAGGGGUUCCACGUCUCACCAGAUUUUUGUUACCAUCCAUAUUCAAAACAAUUCCAGGCCAAACUAGUGCUUUGCUCACUGCCCAGGGAGGUGUCCUCUGCCUUGGGCUGUGGAAGUUUCAGAUGUGCCAGUACUUCAUUAACUUUCUCGUCUCUGACGCAAUGAGAGUUUUUGUUGUUCUUGAAGUUGUUCUAUAUCUAGUUGUUCUAAAGUUUUUUUCAUUGCUAUGCUGCUAUAGUUUCUCCAGCAAUGAGAGGAUAACAUGGAAAAUAUCUGCAAUUUACCAUUUAUUUUUUCUUGUUGAAUGUAUCAAAUUGUCUAGAGCCUGUGUGUUUGUCAGCAAGUGUUGUAUGGUGCCACAUUCCCUUUUCCUGUCUGAUAUGGGGCUGAAGUGCUGUGAGGUUGUGUUUCUAUGGAUAGCACAAGUCUGUGUGAUCAACUAUGUCCAUGCACAGUGAUUGCAAAAUAAACCUUUGGAAUAAAAUUAAAA